UUCCUUUUUUCUGUUGUCUAAAUUGAAUUUUAACAAAAUUAAAUUGUUUACAUUCUGAAAGUUCAUGUGAAAUAAAAUCCACGUGAUAUAUCUUCAAUGGCUGAACGUUUCGAAUGUGAGAGAGAGCGAAAAAAAUAACAGUUGAGAUAUCCAUUGGAAGAAAACAAAAAAACUCUUCCUUAAGCGUAACACUCAAUUACGUCCGUUCGUGAUUGCAACAAACAACUUUUCAAUCGCCACCCGUCCGACUGUCAGUCAGUCCGUCGAAGUUGGAAAGGAAACACAACUUGAUUGGCUAACACCAAGAAUUUCACACUUUUCAUCAACACCACGAACUUGUUGUGAAUUCUAGAGAACACGGAGCAAAUGAUUGACUAGAUCACGUCGCCAGGCACUGCAUCAUGUCAAGUUGGAUGCAAGUCCUGAUGAUGUUUGGGGAAUGCCGCGAAGGACAUAGGAGAGACAGACAAACAGCCUGGAAACGGAAGUUGGAACAUUAAGAGUAUCAUCAGCAUCAAUAGCAGACACAUUGUGAACGGCCGAAGUUUCAAACGUAUCCUUCUCUCAAUGACGAAAUAGUUUGAUGUUAAUCAAUGGGUUUUGCUAACAAGGCAACAAGGACAAUAGAUUCACCACCACAACCACUACCAUUGUCGCCAUUAUGGCGCCCAACGUAUUCUGUAAAUUGUGCGAUAACAAGAAAUGUAACAGCUACAACAAAACUAUCCUUAGGCUUUAAUAUAUUUGAUGAUUUUUUGUUAAACUAAUGCCCGCAGAAUUAGGUGCUGUGUCGGAAGAAGUGCCAGCAGGACAAGGCUUUAGUUAAUCAACAUUUGUACUGAGUUUCUUUUGAAAAGAACAAAAAUCAUAGAAGACAUUAUUAUUAGCCAACCAAAAACAAAAAAAAAGCUUGCGAGCGGAAAUUUAGCCUUCAUCCAAACAGAAGCAUAUCUCCAAUACCGAAAUUAAGGACCAACAAAAAAAAAGAAGAUUUGAAAUUUGCCAAAACUAGUUUAGCUGAUAUUUUGUUACUGUGUCAACGAAAAAAAAACAAGCUGGAAUAAAAACAACGCCCUAUUCCUUGGCUUAUACAGAGGAAACGGAAGAAAUAACUUUUACCCCAUAAAGUUAGGUGUUAACCCAAAACCAACAUUUAUGAACUUGAACUUAGACAAAGUUUAACUUGAGUUAGAUUUAUCAGCAUCGCAGCAGUAACCACAUCUAAAACAACAAUUCAGAAAAAUGCCAGCUGGACGUGUUGCCGGAAAGGCGGGUUAUUCCAACCACUACUAUAAUGGCCGCUCAUAUGUUGGCAUCAAUGAGGAGAUUAUGUGGGUUAGCAUUGGCAUGGGCAUAACCAUUGCCCUAUUGAUCACCAUUGCCCUGUGCUACAUUGCACGCGAAAAAUGUCAAAAGCGUCAACGAGAAUAUUAUGUGUCAGCAUAGCUGGCUUUAAAAUGUCAAUCCGAUUUGGCGACCAAGAGUAUCACCGCAACACCCGCCACAACAACAACAACAACGACGAAGUUGACGAAGUCACAACCAGCUGCAGAGGAGGACAGCUGUGGCGACACAACUGCCGUCAGCACAAAGAAAGCCAAAAAAUUCUCAUUCAAAGUCAAUAAGGGAAAGCGUGAUUAUGAAAGCAGAAGGACCACCGCCACCACCACCACCGACAUUUCCAAACCCCCCACCACGGCCAUCAUCAAUCAUGGCACUCAAACAACGACCAGUUUUAGUAAUCGACCAGCAUACGACAGCAAUCGCCAGCAAUGUCAGCAGCAACAUGCUCCACCGGCUACUCAUCAUCUUCAUCAACAUCCGAAUAUAAAUGUUAGAUAUUUAAAUGAACUCAAUUCGCUGUCAUCUGCAGGAGGAGCAACAGCGUCAUCAUCAACAUUGCGAUUGCCAUUAAAUCUGGUGCCGUUGGUGGCGGCAUCACCUCCACGUCCCCAAUUUCAUUCUUACCUACAUCAAAUGCAGCAGCAGCUGCCGCAGCAACAGCAUCAUCAUCAACAUCCCCAGUACCAAUACUAUGCAUAUGACAUUAGACCUUCCGGCAAUGACCUACUACUGGUCUCCAAUGAACAAGACCAGCAGCAGGAGGAUGAACACUUGUACAUAGAAUACGACAACAACAGCCAUAACAAUGGAAUAAGUUUUGCCAGUUUUAAUAUGGGCUCAUGGUGUACACGUUCCUGGGGUUAAAACGCCCAAGUCGUCGUCGGAGGUGGAGGGGUGUUGAAGCAGCAAAUUGGAAAUUCACUUGACUUCAUUUAAGAGGUUAAAUGAAAACGAUUUUAUAAUUUCUAUGACAGAGUUUGUGUUAUAAGGAGCGGGUGCGUGUGUGUAUGACCAAGUGCUGAUAUGAUGAAUGGAUAUCAGCAGCAUUGUAAUCAAGACCACCUUGUAAUUAGAGGAGGAACAAUAUUACCAGAGAUAGUAUUAUAAGCAAUAGAAAUUGUAUUUUUAUGUAAUUUUUUUGCGGAUUUAGCGUAACGUUCUUAAAAAUAAGUUCAUUUUUGUUUCCUAAAAUCAAUGAUUUUUUUUUAAAUAUUUUACAAAUAUAACGAUUUUGUUGGAUGAAAUUCGA